AAGUAGAUAAGAAACAGAGGAGAGGAACAGAGCGAGCGAGUGAGAAUGAAAAACAAAGGAGAGAAAAGCUCUGUUUAUCAUCUGAAUACUUAUGAAGUUCCUCGAAGAACAAAACCAAAUCGUGUAUUCAUGUUAAUCUAUGCAUGUGGAAUCAUGGCUAUAUUUUAUCAUCAUCUUACUAGUCUCAUAUUCCAUUCAAAUCAUUUAUUGCCAUCAAUCUUACUGUUAAUCGCUGAUUUAGUACUAACUUUCAUGUGGGUUAUAUCUCAAGCUUUCCGAUGGUGUCCUAUUCGUAGAAAAGUUUACCCAGAGAAUCUAUCCAAACUUGUAAAGGAAGAGGAUCUUCCAGCGCUGGAUGUAUUUAUAUGUACCGCCGAUCCAUACAAAGAACCUCCGAUGGAAGUUGUGAAUACAGCUUUAUCUGUAUUAGCAUUCGACUACCCUUCGGAUAAGAUAUCUGUGUUUGUUUCUGAUGAUGGAGGGUCUCAAAUGACUCUUUUUGCGUUGAUGCAUGGAGCAAAGUUUGCCAAAUACUGGUUACCGUUUUGUAGGAAGCAUAAUCUCAGGAGGAGAUGUCCUAAAGUGGUUUUCAACCAGCAUGAUUCUUCUGAUGCUGAUUAUCAACAGAUUAAGUCGUGUAUUUUUCAAGAGGAGUUUCUAAAUUUGAAGACAUUAUACGAGGAAAUGGUUAGGAAAGUAGAGCAUGUAAUGGAACAAGGAUUCGUAGAUGAUGAUUUGAUUGAUAAUGAAGAAGAGCGUCAUGUUUUCAAUAAAUGGAAAGUCAAUGGAUUUACACGCCAACAUCAUCCUACCGUCAUUCAGGUGCUCAUGGAAAGCCUCAAGGACAUUGAUGUCUCAGGGAUACCCCUACCUAACUUAAUCUACCUUUCUCGGGAAAAAAGUAAGCAUUUUCACCACAAUUUCAAGGCGGGUGCACUGAAUGCGUUGAUACGUGUAUCAGCGGUAAUGAGCAGCGCACCGAUAGUUCUCAGCCUUGACUGUGACAUGUACUGUAAUAAUCCUCAAGCUCCACGUCUAGCACUUUGCCAUCUACUGGACCCAGUUCAAGGUUCAAAGGUUGCUUUUGUUCAAUUUCCUCAACGAUACAAAGGGAUCAAUCCAACUGACAUUUACAACAACGAGCUCACAAGGCCAUUUAUAAUAUAUGCUGAAGGGUUCGAUGGAAUUGGUAUUAUGAAUUAUGUUGGCACAGGUCCCUUUAUAAACCGAAAAGCAUUUUACGGCGGUCCAUUUCAAUCAAAAGUAAACAUAUUCCCCGGAUUCAACAGUGAUGAUGAAAGUGAUUUAUUGGCGAAUAGAAAAACAAUAAGUUCAAAACUAAUUUUGGAAGCAGCUGAUAAAGUUGCAGAUUGCAACUAUGAACAUGGAACUCAAUGGGGAUUAACUUUGGGUUUCAGAUAUGGAUCCAUGGUUGAAGAUUUUUUUACAGGCUAUCGUAUGCUAUGCGAAGGAUGGCGAUCAGUAUUUUGCAAUCCAACAAUUCCUGCAUUUCUUGGAGAUUUCCCAAUCAGCUUAAACGAUUCAUUAGUUCAAGUGCAACGGUGGUCGGUUGGAUUGAUUGAGGUUGGAUUCUCAAAGUAUUGCCCAUUAACAUUUGGUACAAAAAACCAUUCUCUACUUAUGGGCAUGGCUUAUAGUUUUGGUGCCUUCUGGCCUGUAUUGGCUAUCCCUAAUAUCAUAUAUGGUCUUCUUCCGCAGCUUUGCCUUAUACACGACAUAUAUUUGUUUCCCAAGGUCUCUGAUCAAUGGUUUUAUCCAUAUGCAUACCUCUUUUCAGCAACAUACAUUCAAGAUUUUAUUGAGAGCUAUUACGUAUAUGGAAUAACUUUCAAAAAAUGGUGGAACGAACAAAGAAUGUGGUUGAUUCGGGGAGUGACGUGUUACAGUUUUUCAUUUAUAGAAUUCAUACUUAGCCGGAUUGGUAUCUCAACUCCAAACUUCAAUAUUACAAGCAAAGUAAUAGAUAAUGAACAACAAAAAAGAUAUGACCAAGAGAUAUUCGACUUUGGAGUAGAAUCGCCAUUUUUCGUGGCUUUAUCAACAUUUGCAUUGGUCAAUUUAGUCUCAUUUAGCUUUGGUAUUGCGAAGGUGAUAUUUAUGGAUGGAAAUUUGGAAGAAUUGUUCGUUCAAUUGUUUUUAAGUGGAUUUGUGUUGGUGAAUUGUUUGCCUAUUUAUGAAGCUAUGGUGUUGAGAAAAGAUGGAGGAAGAAUGCCUACAAAAGUAACUUUAAUAUCGCUUGUGAUUACAUUGCUUCUUUGUUACGGGGCCGGAUUUGCUAUGAAAUGACGGUGUUUCGCGCUACUCUUGGAAUUAGAGUUUUGAAGUUCAUGAGAUGAUAUUUGUUAUUGAUUGGUGUUUAAAUAAUUUUUCACGAUAGAUUGACAAUGUGUUACAUGUUGGAUGCAAUAAUCGAAAAUAAUGAAAACUUAAAUAAAUAAAAGUUAUUGAUA